AUGACUGUCAUAUACAUAAUAGUAUUGUCUUGUAUCCUGACAUGCGGUGGACAGUUCGUAGACAAUAUCCAAGUGUACGAGAGAGACUGUCUGGGCGAGGACAAGUUUCCUUGCCAGAGUGGAGGGUGCAUACUUCAGGCGAAGUACUGCGACGGGAAUGUGGAUUGUCCUGAUGGCUCAGACGAGCAUUUUUGCCCGGACCAUGUACCAGACGCAAAACUUUGCAAUCAGAGCCACCAGUACUUAUGUGCUGAUCAUAAGAAAUGUAUACCCAACUCUUGGAUAUGCAACAACCAGACGGAGUGUGAUGAUGGCAGUGAUGAAGUUAACUGCACAGCUAUACCAGAUGCCAAGGAAAAUUCCACUUGCAUGGGCUACAGCUGUGACGGCAACAAAUGCAUAUCGUUGUUAUGGGUCUGCGACGGAGUCUACGAUUGUCUCGACAAGACUGACGAAUAUUCUCAGGAUGCAUGCAAGCACUCUCUCCUAGCACAUUCGAUAUAUGAUGGGUCAUCGUGUGAAGAGAUCAGCGUUAUCAGACAGAGUUACCGGUGUAUCGACUCGUCGUACUGUUUGCCAGCUAAUAUGAUGUGCGACGGCCUGGUGGACUGCAGGGAUGGUAGUGAUGAGGGUCCGUUUUGUGACAAAUGGAACAACACCUGCGACACCAACCCAUGCAAAGGGAACAAUACAAAAUGCAUCCCAGAACGUUUCGGCCCCUCUUGCAUAUGCACUGAAGCGCCUCUCCACAAAACUUACAACUUCACGACAAACCAGUGCGAGGAUGUUGACGAGUGCGCCCAGGCUAGACCACAAUGCUCGCAUGUAUGCCACAAUAAAGACAGUCGAUUUGAGUGCAGUUGUGAUGACGGUUAUACUCAAGAUCAGUUUGGAUAUCUCUGUUAUGCUUCAGGCCCAGAAGCAUUAUUAUUUUACAGUACUAAAAAUGAAAUAGGAUAUAUAAAAAUCAAAACAAAGGAGCAAGUCACUGUGGGAACUGGAAUUAAACAGGCGCAUGGUGUGGCGUACGAUGGGAAGUAUUUGUUCUGGGUGGAGACAGCGCAAGGACACCAGGCUAUCAUGAGAGCUGAGCUAGAAAACGUGCAAGAAACUAAAGAGGUGCUAGUAGGUCUGGGUAUAGAGGAGCCAGGCGAUAUCGCAGUGGACUGGCUGGGCGGACACAUCUAUUUCAGCGACGCCGAGCGCGGAAUCAUCUCUGCCUGCCGCACGGACGGUUCUAUGUGUACUAUACUGAAAACGCAUACAAAGAAUCCCAGAUUCGUCACAUUAGCUGUCAGAUAUGGGACAAUGUAUUGGGCAGACUGGCACCACCGUCCUGUGAUCAUGAAAGCGCGGAUGGAUGGUUCGCAUGCUGAGUUGCUAGUUGAUAAUCUGCAGGGCUUCGCAACUGGCCUUGCAAUAGACGUGCCUAAUGGACGACUUUACUACGUCGACCACACGAUCAAGAUCAUCAAGAUUGACGAUAAGCAGAUAUACUCAUUAUUUGAAGAACCAUUCCACCAUCCGUACUCAAUUGCCGUAUUCGAGAAUACAGUGUUCUGGAGCGACUGGACAUCCCAGUCCAUUCAGACCACGGAUAAGUUACACGGCAGCGCUCAGAAACGUGGAAAAUUGGUCACCCUUGACAAUCCUGUUUUUGAUAUGCACAUCUAUCACCCACUGCUGAUGAAACGUAAUACAAACCCAUGCCACAAUAACAACUGCUCCCACUUGUGUCUAGUGACAUCCAAUGUUACGUACACAUGCGCCUGUCCUGAGGGGAUGCAGUUGAACCAAAGUACCUGCCACAAUAUGGCAAACUAUAGACCUAUGCAGUUGAUCGUGGGAAGUGGAUCGAUAUUCACUCGGGUGUACUAUGACAGUUUGGGCAGCGCAGAGACGCACGCAGCACAUUUUGAUAUUGGUUGGGUGCAAGCAAUGGCAUACGACAAUUUAAGAGAUACCCUGUACCUGUAUGACGGGCAGCGUAAGAUUAUAAGUCACAUCAACAUGAGUGACUUCUCACUAGGAGUAACGCAACCGUUCCUAUAUAAAGGACUGGUGAACGUCGUUGAAAUGGAAUAUGAUUACGUGUCCGAUUCUCUAUACAUCCUGGAUGCUGGACGACACUUUAUAGAAGUGGUCUCAUUAAAGACACAGAAGCGAAUAUUGUUAUAUAGGUUUCGGGAACAAGAGACACCGGUUAGCUUUUGCAUUAUGGCAGAUUAUGGGAAAAUGUUGCUAGCUGUACGUGAGAAUGAUAAUAGCAACGACAUACGCAUUGACAGUAUGGGAUUAGACGGCAGCGGUAGAGAUCACGUCAUUAUGAACGAUCUGAAAGGUCCUCGUGUUCUUCUACGAUACGCCCCUAAUAUGGAUGCAGUGUAUGUGUCUGACGAUGGCAACAGCAUCAUUGAAUUGAUGAACCCUGAAGGGAUGGGCCGGGAGAGGUUUCGAGAACUUUCCACGUCCAUAGCAACCUUGUCGCUGACGGACGCAUACGUCUUCUGGACAGAUCGUCGCACUCCUCGCCUGUUCUGGGCUCCACUUCAUGAUGUUACUACCAGGACACGGAGAAUACAACUAUCAAUAUUUCCAAACAACACACAACUUCACAUCCAAGCAACUUCAGCACCACCGAGCAACGACAGUCUUCUCCUGAACCAUCCAUGUCUUAAGAAUAACCCUUGCUCGGACGUUUGUGUCCAAACACCUCAUCCCCACCCUCAUACAGCCCCUGCCAAAUUCUACAUGGGGUACAGAUGUUUAUGCCCACCUUCGUUCCUUAUUAUGAACGGAACUUGUACCAAACCGGCGGAAUGCAAGGAGAAUGAGCUUUACUGUCAUAAGAGCAAUGUCUGUGUACUUGAAGCGAAACGUUGUGAUGGAAAGAAGGACUGCGAUCUAGGUGAAGACGAAGAAGGGUGCGAUGAUAAUGUAUCAGAAAAUUCGGAUCCUACAGAGAAGUCGUGUCCUUCCCACCAAAUAUCCUGUAACGGAAAAUGCAUAGACCGGGAACAAAUUUGUACAGCUCCAGAUUCAUCCACAACUUCUGCACCGUCUGUUUGCGAGGCAAGUCAAUAUCAAUGUUACAACUCCACGAUAUGUGUGGAGCGGUCCCAAAUAUGCGACGGCGAGGCCGACUGUCCGAAUGGCAGUGAUGAAGACUCGGUCACUUGUGACACGCUCUCCUGUCAGGACAAUGAGUUCAUGUGUACAUCAGGUUCAUGUAUAUUAAGCUCUUUCAAGUGCGAUGGCGAACAGGACUGCGGAGAUGGUUCUGACGAAGCCAAUUGUGACGGCAAGUCCUGCGCGUUCGGAUAUUACCAAUGUCGUAAUAAGGAAUGUAUCGAGAUAGGAAAGAGGUGCGACGGUAAUAAUGACUGUUACGAUCUUUCUGAUGAAGAGCAAUGUGAGGAACCAGUUACAAUGCCUGACGAGAAGACGGUGCCACAUUGUGCUGAGAAGGAGUAUACUUGUGAACUCAACAGAAGUAUUUGUUUGCCGUUCACGGCACGAUGCAACUUCAAGGUAGAGUGUCCUGGAGGAACCGAUGAAAUUGGAUGUGAUCUGCGCUGCGCUCCGCACGGUCUCUUUGAGUGCAAACAGGAAUUAAUAUGUGUGUCCAUGCAUAGAGUCUGUAAUGGAGUCAAUGAGUGCUUGGACGGUUCAGAUGAAACGCCAGAGGCUUGUCGCACAGUUAACAGAACAUCGCAUUUCUUCCCUCCGCUGUUGUAUCCUGCUGCAGAAUGUCGUAACGGCUUCUUGUGUAAAAGCGGACAGUGUGUAGAACUGAAUCAAGUCUGCAACCAGGUUCCCAACUGCUUCGAUGGCACCGACGAAGGUGGAAGUUGCUUUACAGCCUGUGAUAACAGCACGUGUACCUUCUCCUGUCUGCCGACACCAUCAGGACCACGAUGCGUUUGUCCUUACGGAUACAAAACCCACACUGAUGGGCACACGUGUCUUGACAUCGACGAGUGUAUCAACGAUGCGUGUUCACAGCGCUGUCAGAAUAUACCCGGGUCUUUUCUAUGUUCUUGCAACCACGGAUAUGCUCUUAGAUCUGAUCGCCGUUCAUGCAAAGCUGUUAAAGGAAGCAUGUCAGUACUGUAUCUAUCGGGUAACAGAAUCGGAUCUGUAUCUGCAGAUGGAAAAUCUUCACUAGAUUACAUCGAACCGAAUGCAAACAUUGUAGACAUGGAUACAGAUAUCAGGCAAAAUAGGCUCUUCCUGACAUUAUAUGAUGCCGGCAAAUUAAUAGAGGUAAAAGGGAAUAGUAACAAGACCGAAAUCACGAACAUCGGCAGGCCCACGAAUGUUGCGGUGGACUGGAUCACGGAUAAUGUAUAUUUCGUAGACAGGACUCCAAAAAAUAAUCAUGUCAGAGUGUGCAACUUCAAAACCAAGAGAUGUGCGAAACUGCAUAAACUUCCUAUAAAUGGCGAUGCUAAGCUAACGUCGCUGAGAGUAGAUCCAGCAUCCCGCAGAAUGUUUUACUGCAUCAUCACUGACAAUGAAUCUGUAGUGUGGUCAGCAUCGCUAGCCGGACAAGAUCUGUUGGACUUGACCACAGUGCGAAAUUGUACAGGCUUGGCGGUGGAUUCUUUUAGAAAAAGGUUAUACGUCGCUGAAACUGAGCCGUCGGUCAUCACCAGGAUGAACUUUGAAGGGGAUCGACACAAAAAAGUCAUAUUUGGCCAUCCACAACUCCAAGAACCACAUGGAUUAGCGCUAUUCGAAGAUAGCGUCUACUUCUUAGCUGGCAACACUUCAAGACUCAGCCGUUGCCAACUCUUCGGCAACAAACCAUGCGAGCCUUUCAUUUAUCGGAUGUUUGAUGCGAAUGCAUUUGUUAUACGCCAUGAGAGCGUACAAAGAGAUGACGUGAAGAACGAGUGUGAAAACUUUGUUUGUUCCAAUAUUUGUGUAUUGGAUAAAAAUGGCCCAUUGUGUCUGUGUUACGAUGGAUCUGUCGCUAAAAAUGGACGUUGCGCUAAGGCUGAGAAGAGUGAACUGCCAUUUUUCAACGGAAGGACUCACGAAGACUAUUCCACCUCAGAGAAAGCCUCGCUCACGGUCAUCAUCACUAUUGUGGUGCUGUUCGUGAUAUACCUUUCCGUAUUCUGCUACUACCACUUCGUGUAUCGCGCUAGGAAGAAUCGCGCAUCAACUUAUAUGGAGGUGAGAUUUCAAAACACCGAAGCAAGCAGCGCAUCAAUAUCCUCUCAAGCAACAUCUGUUAUAGAAGUUCCUGAUGUUAGUACUCCUACUGAGAGUACACAUGAGUUCGUGAACCCGCUGCAGUUUGUGAAGAAUGUAUGGCGCCAAUCAGUACGUCGUACGUCGAAACCUGCUGACACAGCAAGCGUGGAUAUUGAGUCGCCGAGGAUAGAGCAAGAUCUUUCUGAUACGGAGUCGGAUCUUGAUGAGCGUGACAGCCAGAGAAUAAUGCACUAAUAUCACUAUCCUCUAAUUUUAUUAUUUAUAUUAUUAAAAAGGAAAGAAUUUACGUCGGCUCCAAAAAUCGCCUGAACUGAAUGUAGAACAUUAAGUUUUAUUAUGCUAAAAUGUGUAAUGUACAGUACUUAAUUAGUUAAGAAUCUUAAUUUAAGAACUCAUCACUGAAAUAAAAAUGUUACCAAUAAUUUUAUAUCUGGCCCGUAGAGCUCGUGUUGGCUGGAUCUCUAUCAAAUAAGAUAUAUUUCAGAAUCUAAAAGU